AGUAAAUAAAGCUUCUAAAUUUCCAUCCCAACCCAAACCACGCCACCGGUCCACCGCACCUUCCACUAAACCCCAAAUCCAAUUCCCCCACCGCCGGGGACGCCGUCGUAAUCCGCCGGUGUCUCCGCCGAGGAGAGGAGAAGAUCCCAAAUGACGAGCCGCUGCAAGUUCUCAUUACCCGUCGCCGUCGUCAUUGUCGCGAUUAUAUAUAUCUAUUUCUCCACCGUGCUCGUCUUCAUCGACCGCUGGUUCGGCCUCAGAUCUUCUCCCGGAAUGUUACACGCCGCCGCCUUCACUUUCCUCGCCCUCAUGUGCGUCUCCAGCUACCGCCUUGCCCUAUUCGCCGAUCCGGGUCGGGUCCCCGGGACCUUUAUGCCCGACAUUGAGGAUUCCGAUAACCCGAUCCAUGAGAUCAAACGCAAGGGCGGUGAUUUGAGAUACUGCCAAAAGUGUUCCCAUUAUAAGCCCCCUCGGGCUCAUCAUUGCCGCAUAUGUAAUCGGUGUGUUUUAAGAAUGGAUCACCAUUGCAUUUGGAUGAACAAUUGCGUCGGACAUGCAAAUUACAAGAUCUUCUUUGUUUUUGUGGUUUAUGCCGUAACUGCCUGCGUAUACUCCUUGGUAUUGCUUGUUGGUAGCAUGACCGUCGAUUCUCAGCAAGAUUCCGAAGACUCUUUAAGAUACAUACAUGUCAUUUCGGCAUUACUCUUGAUCCCGUUAAGUUUGGCGCUGGGGUUUUUUGUCGGCUGGCACAUCUAUCUCAUCGUGCACAACAAGACGACAAUCGAGUACUACGAAGGCGUUAGGGCCAUGUUGCUCGCAGAAAAAGGCGGUCAUAUCUAUUCAAAUCCAUACGAUAUCGGUGUGUACGACAAUUUGACAUCAAUUCUUGGCCCGAAUCUUCUCUGCUGGCUGUGCCCCAACUCAGGGCAUGUCGGUUCCGGCACUCGGUUCAGGACAAAGUACGAUAAACUCGUCGGAACCUCGACUCCUGAUCCUUUGUCGAAACCAUACUCAUGACAGUUACAUCUGCAAUCCACUCACCUCAUUCUGCUUGUACCGGGAUAAAAGGUUAGGUUUCGGACAUCCUUAAUUGUGUUGUUUUAUGUUUUCUUUCACGGCCAUAUCUCGACUUACUGGAACCCACGAGUAUCGAGCCUCUGUUUUUCUGCUCCGGAGGCAACCUAGACUAGAUAGGGUUCCGGGUUAUAUAUAUAUAUAUAGAAAUGUGUUUCUGUAUGUAUAGAAGUUCAUAUGCUGACCCCAAUCCGAUUAACCCGCAAACGCUAAAAAUGUGAGUAAAGUUAAAAACUUGUCGAACUGUAACAUUGUCGGCUAUACAUAUUUUGUUGUAGUAUUCUGUUGUGUUUUGUUCUUGAGCUCUAUGAGUCGAAUGAGACCACUUGGGAUUGGAUUUGUUGCUAUGUAAUGGUAUUUAAUCUCAGUAUUUUUUU